GUCUUUUGCUGGCCUAUCGGCCGACUCAUUACAUAUUCUAGAAAUAAAACAUAACACGCCAAUGUCAGGGAGUACCACAGAUUUGUUUCAUGUGAUUAGGUAGAUGAGACUUAUAUACGAAGAAUUUCUACUUUAAGUAAGAUCGUAUAAUUUUGAAUAAAAUUCAACAAUGGUUUCGUUGCUAUAUAUAUAUAUAUAUAUAUGUGUGUGUGUGUGUGUAGUAGCUGUGCUAGCUAUACUCAAACCGGGUUGACAAAAUAGUUUCAAACGGAAACCCAACUGAUACAAUUUUACUUUUGAUAGCCACCACGAAGAAUUUUACCAGAAUUUUACCGAAAAUGUAUUCAUAUAUUUUGGGUGUAUUUUCUCUUCUUUUUUUGGGGUCAAAGUGCAUGGGUGUAGUUUCUCGAUUCGUAGUACGUUGGACGGGAAUUCAGUCUGACGUGAACGUGCGAUCUAGUAUAGUUAACGUCCACUAAAACCAUACUUAUACGUUUCGUUUAAACAUCGGUCUUAUACAAAGUUCGUACAUAAUUGUUUGCAUAUUUUUAAUAGCACAAAUCAUAUUCGGUUUGCAGCUCACUAAUUGAUAAAACAAAGUGUUCUGCGUCUAAAGAGUUUUGGCAGAUCUUGAACGAAGAAACAAAAGAAAGAACAGUGUACAACAGUACAUGUAUGUAAAUAAGAAUCAAGAAGGUUAGACCACAGUAAAUUGAACCCGUAUUUUUCGGCAAAACAACGACUUUGUCCUCUUCAUUCUCGUCAUCUUGUGUCAAUUAUUAUGGUCAUUAUUGGUUCUUUUGUAAAUUUAAGGCGAUGCAAGCACGCGUGGUAAUCAUUUUAGUAUUCAUAUUUCGCAGUAAUUAUGAAAUUCUAUCGACUUUGAGUUUUUUUUCUUGAUUCAUAAUUUAACAAGUGCGCAAAAAGUAAUGUGCCAAUUAGUAUUUACUCCAAUUUAACCAGUCCCUCGUGCAUGCACCUCGAAGAUGUUUGAUUAAAAAUAGUAAACACACCACUUCUUACUUUCUUAGAAUGGCAUCAUAACGUCUUUAGAUUAAAUACAUAGGGAAUUAAGUAUCUCAAUUCACGAUCUACAAACUUUGGAAGAUACGUAACUAGAUUACCUUUUUCGAAAGAAUUAUGUCAAGAAUAAAACGGUCAAUUAAUCUGAAAAUUACUUCUGAAGAUGAGAUACUAAUGUAUACAUUCUAGUUUCGUUCUUAAUUAAUCGUUGAUUAAGCGGCUGCUAAUUUCCUAAGUAUGGUAAAGCCUGAAUACCAUGGUCCGUGUCCAACGGAUGAUGAUAGCUAUAAUGAAAAAGCUGCCUAAGUGAAGAACCGGUAGAAUGCCAGGCUACUUAGCCAGCCAAUCAACCGGAGAGGAGCAUAAGAGAUCAAAAGGACCCCUACACUUGUCCAGGCCCGUUCCUUCUUUAAGGCACAUAAAGCAUUAGCUUUAGGCCACAUAUCUUUAGAAAACAAUUUUUUUUUUCUUUUUUUUUUCUUUAGAAAACAAUUUGGUCACAUACAUUCAUAUUGAUGUAGCUUAAAUGGUCAAAUGAUAAGAUAUAUAUCUCUCAUGCAUCCCCGGUUCACACUACCAUUUUGAUAUUCGUUUUUUUUUUCUGUUUUAUUAAAGAGUUUUCAUUGAACUUUGAUGUUAAAAAAUUUAAUCAAUUUAGCAUUGAACUUUGAUGUCAAAUAAAUUUCAUGUGUUCACCAUUAGCAAAGCUUAUGAAAAUAAUUCUUACCUUAUUUUAUAUAAGGGCCACAUAUUUCCAAAUGUUUUAAGCCACAUAAAUACACGGGACGGCACUGCACUUGUCCCUCGCUACCUAAAACUAUAAUGUGAUAUGACUCGUCUCUGAAUCUUGUCGUGCUUCGAGCCAAACACCGCACGUAUGGUCUACUUCAGUGCGUGUCGACCCUUUUGAAACAUAAACGGAUAAAGCUCCUUCUCUGGUAAGUCGGCAGAUUCUGUUUCUCUUGAACCCAAAAGGGAACAAGAACAUGUAUUAUAAUUUAGUAACACAAGGGAAAAACUAUGAAUACAUAUAACAUAUUAGCUCAUUAUACGUGUUUACACGAAGCCCACAAGUUUUGCUUUUCCACUAAUGAAUGAUCCGAGCCAUGCCGUUUGUUUUUGUUUGAUAGUACUAUUGCUCAUUCAGUUUCAUUUUAAUUAUCGUUCUAGGUUUAUGCAAACUGAUUAAUAAAAUAUAUAAUUUUGUAUAUUUCCAAAAUAAAAACACAAUUACCAAUACACUUUACCAUAUUUCAACCAAUAGAAUAAAAAAAACUGGAGAAUCUUAUUAACAAAUUUUAUAUUAAAACUCUAAAACGACAUUUAUUUUGAAACGAAAAUUUUUUUCUACAACCACAACUAAAUCGAAACGGAAUGAGUAUUAGGUUUUUGUUUUCUUCCUGUUGUUUGCUUAAGGGUUAACGUAAUUCGCUAAUCCACCAUUAGUUUUAUGAAUUGUUAAUUGCUAAGAUCAUGUUAUUAGUUUCGAUUUCGAGGUAGUGUUAGUACUAAUUACUUUAUUUGACAUUUUGUAUUCAUCUUAAACUAGGUUCGCUCAUCCCGGAUUCUAGGUUUUGAUUAAUUAUUCAAUACGUGUACUAGUUUUACGAUACUUCUUCCAUUUUAAUAAAUAUCACUUUGACACUUUUCACAUAGAUUAAGAAAGUAGCGAAAAUAUAUGUAAGUUGUUAUUAAUUAUAUUUUUCUGACCAAUAAUAUUUUAGAUAAAUAAAAUUAUUUAUGAAACCAAUGCAAUUUUAAUUUUCAGUUGAAAAUAAGUAUAAUUUGCAUUGAAAUUGUAAAGUAACACUUUUUGUGUAACAAAAAAAAAACUAGAAUGACAUUUAUUAUGAAACGGAAAGAUUAUUAGAUCUAGUUCAUUAAAACUUUGGUUCUGAUGUCAGAUAUUGUACUACUAGUCAGCACUUUACAUUAAAAUAUUUAUUUAUUUUAAUUACAUAUAAUGUAGAGCUUGAUGUCACUAUUGACUUAUAAAUUUGAAAGUAGUUCAUUCAACAAAGCCUCCUUAAUUAGAUUUUUUAUUUAUUUGCUGAGUCCACAAAAAAAUUAGAGUUUAUGGGGAAUAACAUACGUCAUUGCAAACACCUUAUUUUACAUGGCAGGUUAAAAAAGCCAUUCAUCAAAAAUAGAAUUGGGUCGAGAAAAACUCGGACAUUUGUUUUCUUUUCGACAAAGUCCCACAAUUUCUUUCUAAAUAUUGACUAAAAAAUCUAAGGUUCAUUUUUCCCUCUCUCUUAGAAAACCAGGUCAACAUAGCCUAGCCAUAGAAAAAAAAAAAAAGAGAGAAGACAAACGACGAACCAAAAAAAAUCAAGUAUUGACAGAAGACGAACCCACCAACCACGUCUAUUGACAAUUAUACAUCGAUUUGAGAAGAGACAACAACAACAUUUCAUGCAUCUCUUCUUUUUUACUGUAAAUUUUAGCCUAGUUUGAUCAUAAUGCCAUUGUGUGCAAAGUUAUUGAUUCAAGGAGAGGGCAUGCAACAAAACAAGCUUUCCUGAGGUUGGUUUAGCUGACUGUUCCUCGACGGGGUUUAGGUUCUCUCUAGCAGCGAAAGGAUGGCAGAAAAUCAGGCAGAGAAAAGGUCGCGUCGUGGGUUGUUAGGUUUCGUGUUUGGUAGACGUGGCUUGUGGUCCAAGAAAUGUACUGCGGACAAUGGUAAUAAAACCCCAAUGCGUAGCAGCAACGCCUCCGCACCUUGCACCUCUAAUAUUCAGUUCACCAAAUCUCCUGGUAACGAAUUAAACUCCAAAAAGCUACAAGAAUAUAAAGUUUCACCUGAACCGAUCCAGAACCAGACUCAGACCCAAAUACAAAGACCUAUUUCAAAACCCUUAUCGAAUCAAUACCCUAAUAAUAAUCCAGGACCGGUCCAACAACAAGCCAGGAAGGUGGUGCCUAGGGAAUCUAUCGGUUUAUCAGGUGAGCUUGAGAGUAUGAUCAUGGACAAUCAGAAAGCCAAAGGGAUGAUGUUUGGUAGCCUCGGGAACUUGAAGCAGCCAGGAACAACAGCGGUUGGGAAUCAAACCACUGUUCAAAACAGUGGAUACGGUAGGAAGACAAUGGAAGGUGAAAGGCAAACACCGGUUAGGCCAAUAUCGGUUUCAAAUAACCAGGACCAGUCAGGGUCUUUGUGUAGGGCGAUAUCCACUCGAAUGGAUCCUGAAACGUUAAAGAUAAUGGGGAAUGAAGAUUACAAGAACGGCAACUUCGUAGAGGCUUUAGCAUUGUAUGAUGCUGCGAUAGCCAUCGAUCCGAAAAAGGCUGCUUAUCGUAGCAACAAAAGCGCAGCAUUAACAGCAUUGGGGAGAAUCCUUGAAGCAGUGUUUGAGUGUAGGGAAGCAAUCAGAAUGGAGCCUCAUUACCAUAGAGCUCAUCACCGGUUAGCUAACUUGUACCUCAGGUUAGGAGAGGUGGAGAAUUCAAUAUAUCAUAUCAAACGUUCGGGUCCAGAAGCAGACCAAGAAGACAUUUUGAAGGCCAAAACGGUACAGAUGCAUCUCAACAAAUGCACAGAAGCCAAAAGAUUGCGAGAUUGGAACAAUCUGAUUAAAGAAACGAAAAACACCAUAGCUUCAGGGGCUGAUGCAGCUACCCAAGUAUAUGCAUUGCAAGCAGAAGCGUUUUUAAAGAGUUACAGACAUCAAGAGGCCGAUGAUGCUUUGUCUAGAUGUCCAGUUUUUGAUGUGGAAAUGAAUACUAAAUAUUAUGGACCGAUCGGUUAUGCCGGUUUCUUGGUCGUAUGGGCUCAGGUUCACAUGUCUUUGGGCAGAUUUGGAGAAGCGGUUGAGGCGAUUCAACUAGCAGCCAAGCUGGACAGGAACAACAGGGAAGUAAGUAUGGUUCUCCGGCGUGUACAGGCCGUUACCCCGGCGCGGUCCAAAGGCAACGAUUUCUUCAAAGCGGGACGAUUUCAAGAAGCUAGCGCAGCUUAUGGGGAAGUACUAGAGCACGACUCAAGAAACUCAGUCCUGCUAUGUAACCGAGCGGCUUGUCUGUUCAAAAUGGGCCAGUUUGAUAGAGCCAUAGGAGAUUCCACGGCAGCACUUGCAGUCCGUCCUGCCUACGCCAAGGCUAGGCUGAGAAGAGCAGACUGUAACGCUAAGCUUGGGAACUGGGAGUUAGCGGUUGGAGACUACGAGAUAUUGAGAAAAGAGACACCGGAAGACGACCAAGUGAUCAGAGGAUUGAUGGAGGCUCAGAAUCAUCUCGUGAAACGCCGUGGACAUGAGAAUCUUUAACCAAUCAUACACCGUUACAUUUGUGUUUUAUAAUAAUCUAGAACAAAGAUUUAAACUUUUGCUAAUAUGUUUAUAGUCUGAGUAGAUGGAGAUAACAUGUAAGACUUUAUAAAAUGAACUCUUCUUAUAUAUAUGCAAA